UAUUAUUAUGGCUUCUAAACUCAUUCCUACUUCUGUCUUUUUACUUGUUCUUUUCUUCUUGCUUCUUAUGAGGGAGAGUUCUGGUUUAAAUUCUUCAUAUGCAUGCUUUGACGCUAAUGGAGGAACUCUUAAACUUAGUCAUAACAGGAAGAUGCUGUCUAGUUUGGAAGUUAAGAAAGCUAUGUUGAAGGUUAAUGUUGAAGGACCCUCAACAAGGAUGAAGAAAAGUGAAAAGGAAGUGAUUGGAGAGUUGAGAAAGGUUCCUACAGGUCCAGAUCCACUUCAUCAUCAUAGCAUUGGAAAUCCUAUUAAACCUGAAACUCCUUAAAUUUAUGAACAAACUCAUUUCUAUGUUUUGACCUAGAUUUAGUAUUUAGGUGAUAUGCAAGUUUAAGACGAGAAAUUUGGUUUCUCCAAAGAUAAAGUCUAGUGGUUUUGUUUUGUGUAGAAAUAUGUUGUAGUUGUUAAACUAUGUUGUUUCAUUAUCUUGCUGUAUUAUGGUUAGUUACAGCUAGUUGAAGGAUUGGACAGAAAC